AUGUUGAACACUAGAUUGUGCUUUAUAUUUUCCUCCCAACUUCACGUUUCCGUGCACCAAAAUAUUGAUGCUAUAAAUACUGGAUACCAUGCUUACCUGACAGCCUUCUUCCAUCCCACCUGGGCACUGAGGCUUGGAGUGUGCGCGUGAGCAGCGGCUGGAGCCCGCCUCUUACCGCUGGAGCGGGCUCUGCCGGCCGCGGGUUCCCCUGUUGGCCCGGGUGCCGGAGCCGCUCCCCAACCAGGGCUCCGGCAGUCGGCCGCCCGGGCGCACGCGCGCUCCCCUCCGGCGGCCUCCGCGCCUCGGGUCUUUGGCAGGGCUGCGACUGGACGGCUGUAGCUCGCGGGCAGGCGGGCUGGCGAGCGGUGAACGAGGGCUCGCAACCACGUGACCGGCGCCAACGUGGCGGCGCCCAGCGGCGUCCACCUGUUCGUCAGCCGAGGUUAUCAUAGAAUUUUCUCUUCACCACUCAAUCAUAUCUACUUACACAAGCAGACAAGCAGUCAACAAAGAAGAAAUUUCUUUUUCCGGAGACAAAGAGGUAUUUCACACAGUAUAGUUCUGCCGGCUGCAGUCUCUUCCGCUCGUCCAGUCCCUGAGCACAUAAAGAAGCCAGACUAUGUGACGACAGGCAUUGUACCCGACUGGGGAGACAGCAUAGAAGUUAAGAAUGAAGAUCAGAUUCAAGGGCUUCGUCAGGCUUGUCAGCUGGCCCGUCAUGUCCUCCUCCUGGCUGGGAAGAGUUUAAAGGUUGACAUGACAACUGAAGAGAUAGAUGCUCUUGUUCAUCAGGAAAUCAUCAGUCAUAACGCCUAUCCCUCACCCCUAGGCUAUGGAGGUUUUCCAAAAUCUGUUUGUACCUCUGUAAACAACGUGCUGUGUCAUGGUAUUCCUGACAGUCGACCUCUUCAAGAUGGAGAUAUUAUCAACAUUGAUGUUACGGUCUACUAUAAUGGCUACCAUGGAGAUACUUCUGAAACAUUUUUGGUGGGCAAUGUGAAUGAAUGUGGUAAAAAGUUAGUAGAGGUUGCCAGGAGGUGUCGAGAUGAAGCAAUUGCAGCAUGCAGAGCAGGGGCUCCCUUCUCUGUAAUUGGAAACACAAUCAGCCGCAUAACUCAUGAGAAUGAUUUGCAAGUCUGUCCACAUUUCGUUGGACAUGGGAUAGGAUCUUACUUUCAUGGACAUCCAGAAAUUUGGCAUCAUGCCAAUGACGACAAUCUGCUCAUGGAGGAGGGCAUGGCAUUCACCAUAGAGCCAAUCAUCACCGAGGGAUCCCCUGAGUUUAAAGUCCUGGAGGAUGCAUGGACUGUGGUCUCCUUAGACAAUCAAAGGUCCGCCCAGUUCGAGCACACGGUUCUCAUCACGUCGGGGGGCGCGCAGAUCCUGACCAAACUGCCCCACGAGGCCUGAAGCGCGGCCUGAAAGGCGCGGCCUUUUCCGCCUCUAAGUUGUCCAAACCCAACUGAGGAACUUUUAGAAGAAACAGUUGAACGACAGGUCGCGCGGUAACCUCCCUAACAGCUAAUAAGCUUUUUGGAAAAAUGCGGUGUGGAUUGGGGGCAGUUGAGGACCCAGAUCUGAAGCCCUACCGAGCCAUGCAGCUUCAGGGAGACAUCCUGGCGCUGGGCUCGGCUUCCCAGCGCAGGAAACGCCUUUGGAGCAGAAUGGGGACUCCCUGGUUUGAGAGAUGAGGGACUGCCAAAAAGACCAUGAUUUUCUCUUUUCCCUUGUCCUAACUGACUCUGAUUCAGUAAAGAACGUUCACCUCUUAAA